AUGGCGCGACCCAAAUCCGUUCGCGCGCCUAGCGCUGCAAGCUUACCAAACAACCUCCGCAUCCCCAGCACCACGCCAUCUCUUGCCAAAACGCUGGGAAAGCUGUCGCGCCAGUCGCUACUGGAUCUAGCUCUAUUAUGGCUUUCAGAAAAGAAUGUCCGAUUAUUCCCUCCUUUCCUGGAACAGGAUGAAGCCGAGGGCAUGGAGGACCAAGACGCCAACCCCUACCCCGCGGCCCAAACCAUCGACGAAGUCCGCGAGGCGUACGAGGAGCUACGGGGAAGGAAAGGGGGGAAGCGGGAAGUCAUCGAUCGUAUUUUGGAGGGAGAUUGGCGCCACGGAAUCACUCUUGGGCAGCUGGCGAUGGUCGAUCUGCGGUACUUAGACGACCAUCCAACGAGUCAGAAGUGGACGGCUUUAAAACUCGUACCGGCCGACAAGACAGACCGCGAAUCGACAGAACUCUCUGCGUCUCUUCCGCGUCUCCAUGCGGUGACAUUCAUAUCGAAUCUCCAUCGUGAGAUCUCACCGCUGGUGAAGGCGCAUUACUACCUCUCACGUUCGCGAUCGUUGCCCUUGACCUUCCUGCGAAUCUUCGUCACGGAUUCUCCAUACCAAUAUCCGCGCCAUUCUCCGGAAGCCUACAUUGAUACCUCGCGAAUAAUCUAUGUCGCUUUCCCAGACAGCAGUCCCUUUAUAUACACUUCGAUGUCGCCGACAAUCGGGACGAAAGCCACCGCCUCCAAUCCUCUAAUGACGGACUCACGAACGCUGCAACGUGUCGUCCGCGAUGGCAACUUCUCUGACUACCAAAAGUCUCCACGCACUCCUCGCGCUCCGGGCCCCGGAAGAACAAAUAUGGCAAAUGGCGCCUUCAGCAUCUUUGCCGACGCAGUCGUGGAAGGGACUCCACUGGAUCCGCGAUUAUCAAACACGGUAUCACCAGAAGAGUAUCGCACGGGGAGAGACCCUGCAACCGAUGAGGCUGAGGGAAAGGAAAACGCACCUCCUGCUGCAGACAACGCACAGCGGACACCGGGGAAGAAAUCCAGCGAUAGCAGCUCAACAAGGGAACCCGAUUCAGAUCCGCAGGAAACCAAGAGGCGCAAGCUGGCCGUCUGCUCUCGUUUCGGCACAUCCGGAACUGCAGCUUCAUCGGCAACCCUCGACCGUCUUGACAUCCGACUCUUCGAUCCGCCGAGUGUGGAAGAAGGGCGCUCUGCCGCCCUCAACGAUAAGGACAGCGGUGAAGACGGAGACGAAAACGACAACAUCGAACCCAGCCAGCCGACUCUUUCGCUCACCUUCACCGGAACAGACGUCAUCGCGGGCAUACGAAAACUGGCGGAAUUCGGCGUCAUUGAUCCAGACCGGAUGCCUUCAUGGAUGACCGGCGAGGAAGGCGUGAGCUCCGCCAUGGUCAGACGAGGUAAAAGGAUAACAGUUUCAGGCGUUGGUAAGGGGAUAUGA